AGUACAUUACAAGUCACAACAGAAUGGAAAGUGUAAAAAGUACCGAUUCUGUGCACAUGUGUGAUUCCAAAUUCUUUUUUACCUUUUCGUUAAACUUCGUUAGUUCCCCUUUCCUAAUUCUUUUAAAUAAAUGGAUUUAUUUGCACGAGCUCAUGAGCAGUUACGCACUUGUAGCAACUCAUUUACUUAUCACAUUCAUGCUUUUAAGCAUCUGUCUUGAAUUUGGUGCUUUCAGUUUUAAAUACGUGAACAUACUAAAAGCCGUUCCGUUAGCCGUAUCGUUCUGUGGAUUUCUUGUUCUGACAAACCUGUCGCUGCAGUAUAACACGGUGGGGACGAGUCAGUUGAUAAAGACGACGACAACGCCAUGCAUCGUUCUUAUUCAGUUUAUAUGCUACAAGAAGACUACAAACAUUUAUCAACAACUAAGUCAGAUUCCAAUAGCUGUCGGUGUAUUCUUACACUCGUACUAUGACGUAAAGUUUAACGCAUUAGGGAUAAUAUAUGGACUCGUUGGAGUGAUCGUUACUUCUUUAUAUCAGGUGUGGAUUGGCGAGAAGCAAUGCGAGUUAGAUGUCAACUCCAUGCAAUUACUGUUCUAUCAAGCGCCAAUUUCAGCAAUAUUUAUGCUGAUUCCAAUCACACUGUCUACAUCUGUGGACAGUUUUCAGAGCACCUGGCUUACUUGGUCGAUUGUAGAAGUUGUUAUGAUUCUGCUAUCUGGUGUUUUAGCAUGGCUUGUAAACUUCUCUAUUUAUUGGAUAAUUGGGAACACGUCACCUGUAACGUACAACAUGGUUGGCCAUCUGAAGUUCUGUGUUACAGUGAUAGCGGGUUGCAUCCUUUUCAAUGACAAACCGAAUAUAAACCAAAUAGCCGCUGUACUAUCAACGAUAUCCGGGGUUACAGCCUACACACAUCUAAAGAUGCAAGAACAAAAAGAAAUUGAACGGUCAAGCCAAGAAGAUAUAGAAUGUACGCCAGUAAAUGAACACGACACACUCCAUUGCAAAGAGUGAAAGAUGUCGCACUUUCUGUUUUUUACAUAACGUGUA